AUAAAUCGCUGCACAUUGCACGAGCCAUGUGGGUUAACAAAAAAUGAAAAUGUGUAUGAGUUAUUGUUUUACAUAUUAAGAAUAUUAAAAAUUAGAUUUAUAGUAGUGCAUUCUUUAAGUUAUUUCAAUAAAAAUUCAACAAACAUUGUACCGAAAAUAUGGCUAAAUUCAAAUUGAAUAAGCCAUCAAAACGACAACCAGCUCGACUUCGGUAUAAAAUAGAAAAGAAAGUUCGAGAUCAUAACCGCAAGGUUAAAAAAGAAGCAAAAAAGAAACCUAAAUCUAAAAAAGCCAAGCCCAUACAAAUUCCAAAUGAAUGUCCAUUUAAAGAGGACAUAUUAAGAGAAGUUGAAGCUGUUAAGAAACACAAAGAAGAAGAAAAACAGAAGAAACGAGAAAUAGCAAAACUUGAAAAACAGAAGAAACUUGAGGAAAAAAAGAAUGUCAAAAUUAAUAUGAAUACUCUGGUGACAAAUGCAGCAACGAGAGGUAAAGUGCAUGAUGCAUUUAAGGCUGAUGACAAUUUAGGUGAUGAUGUAGAGUUUGGUAAAAAUAGACAGCAAGAAAACUCAUUAAAAACAUACUACAGGGAGUUCAAGAAGGUUAUAACGGAGGCUGAAGUUAUAUUAGAAGUUGUUGAUGCCAGAGAUCCAUUAGGCACAAGAUGCACUCAAGUUGAAGAGGCAGUGCGUGAAUCCGGAAAACGUUUAGUGCUUGUGUUAAAUAAAGCUGAUUUAGUGCCAAGGGAGAACCUAACAGCAUGGCUGAAGUAUUUAAGAAGAUUUGCCCCUGCUGUGCCUUUCAAAGCUUCAACGCAAGAUCAACAGCAUAAUCUUGGAAGAAGGAAGAUGAAACACAUUGUUAAAGAAAAGGAAAUGAAGGGAUCAGCUUGUGUUGGUGCAGAACUACUUAUGAAUAUCUUAGGAAACUAUUGUCGCAACAAAGGAAUAAAAACAACAAUCACAGUCGGUGUUGUUGGCCUUCCUAAUGUUGGCAAGAGUUCUAUAAUCAAUAGUUUGAAUAGAUCUAAAGCUUGUAAUGUUGGCAGCACUCCAGGGGUUACCAAGCAAAUGCAGACAGUUCAAUUAGAUUCUAAAAUCAAGAUCCUCGAUAGUCCGGGAAUAGUGUUUCAUUCUGGAUCUGAAAGUGAUGCAUCCGUGGCAUUAAAGAAUGCGAUCCGAGUAGGCAGCUUGAAGGAUCCUAUACAGCCUGCGACAGCUAUAUUGCAGCGGGCUAACAAACACACACUGGUCUCGCUUUAUUGUAUAGCCGAGUACAAUACACCUCAGGAGUUCUUUGCUAGUGUAGCAUCGCGAAUGGGUCGGUACAGGAAGGGCGGAGUACCGGACCAGGAGGCCGCAGCCAGGAUACUGCUCAAUGACUGGAAUACCGGCAAGGUGCGAUACUUCACGGAGCCCCCGCAAACACCAGAUGCAGAUGUACACGUGGACGCGAAGAUUGUGACGUCACUAGCGCAGGAGUUCGACAUCAACUCGUUUGAAGCGAUGGAGACGGAAGCUAUCAACGCGCUCAACACAGACGGACUCGAUGAAGCAAUCAAGAUAAGCAGCACCGGACCUGUUCAAGCAUUAGACGAAAUGCAGGUCGAUGACGAUACAACAUUACUUCCAAACACCGUCAACAUACGACCAAAACUGGCUAAAACAGAUAAGAAAGAACGCGUCAAAAAGGAUCCAGAAAUGUCGAUAGAGGGCAACACCAAGCAGAACAAACUGAGGAAGAUGCAGUUUAAGAAAGAUAAGAAGAAACAAGCGAGAAACGAGAAGAAAGCGGUUGCCUUGGCGAAUGUUCUAGAAAAUGUUACGCUCACGACGUAUAAGAAAGGCGAUGAUUACAAUUUUAAGGAAGCUUUCGCUUUGGGGACGUAGUAGAUGAGAAGUUUGUUUGUUUGAAAUAUAAAUUAUAUUUCGUCA